GUCUGCUGGCAUGAGUGUGCUGUUGUUGUUUAGACAGGGACUGGACCAUUUGGUUGAGAUUUCUGUUAAAAGUUAACGAAAUGAUUGUUUAGCAUUGAGGAAUAUUCCUCAGUAACGCUCGAAACAAAAAUCUCAAAUAUGAGCAACAAAGAAGAAAUAGACCUUUUGGUAAAAAGUCGAGUUGAACAGCUUGACGCAUUGGAAUUAGAUAAGGAAGUUCUGUACGUUCUGAAGAGCCAAGUAACAAGUGCAAUAAAAUUUCUACCGCUAUCAUUUCAAAACAAGUGGGAACCAGAAGUUGAUACUUUGCUUCAAAUUGUCAUAUUACAGUUAUCAUUACGAGGAGUGGGGUCUACAUUUGGACAGCAAUUGCUAAACAUCCAAUUUCUAAAAUCCCAAAAGAAAACAGCGUUACUGGCAAUCAUAAUUCCCAUUUUGCUGAAGUAUUUUCAUACAAGGGCAAGGGAUGUUGCUUUAAAAAUAGGAAGUGAAAAACUCAUCCAAGUUCUUGAGACAGCAGCACGAUGGGGAGACAUUUCCAUCACUGCUGGAAGCCUUAUAAAUUUACUGCUAUUUUUACAUUCCGGGUACUACCCCAAUCUGCUUUAUCGUCUAUUUGGCAUUCAAAUGUCUUACUCAUCUCCAAAGGGCAGGCAGAGACAAGUUGGUUACACUCACAUGACGCGAGAGCUAAUAUGGCACAGCUUCAUUGAGCUGCUGGUCUUUGUUUUGCCUCUCAUUAAUUACCACUACAUAAAACGAUUGGUACUCAAGAUUUUGAUGUUGGGAUCUACAGGUCCCAAAUUAAAGCCAAGUGCAGGGAAUACAGUUUCCCUUACUCUCAAUUCAGCAUGUGCUGUUUGUUCGAAACGACCGAUUCUCCCACAUCAUAUGGACUGUGUUCAUGUUUUCUGUUAUUUUUGCCUUCAGGCAAAUAUUUUAGCUGACCCUAACUUCGCCUGUCCAGAAUGCGGUAAUAGGGCGUCCGGGAUGGUAUCAGCUAAACCUGUAUGCCUGACAAUCAUGUGAUAUUUUGUGACAUACUAUGGCUACUUGUUCAUUCCCAAUGUUUUUUAUGUCUGUAUAAAUAACAACUGUUACAAGAAUUAGUUAGUGAAUAAAUUUAAACUUUAUAGUUUUAAAUAAUAAGUUGAUAUAACAGAAGUAUUUUAAUUUUGAAAUAUGAAUUCAAAAAAUCAA